AGCAGUAUCACGAAGCAUUCCAUCGUCCCUCCAAAGCUAGUAGGCAGGAGCUAAGCCAUAAAUUCAGUCCAGCUCCCCCACGAGAUGUGCUCAUUUGAAUAAAGUACAUUGCUUCCUUUUCAAACUGGAUCCCACAGGAAUAUUUUGGUGCGGAACUUCAACAACUCCUCGAUCGACCAACAUGCCUGACAUUCGCGGCACCACCCUCACCCCUUCAACUUCCAAAAUCGACUACCUCGAAGCCUUACGGGAGGCUGUUGGCUCAAGAGGCCUGAAGACUCUCGCCCCUGACAGUGUCGACAGUCCCGAGCUCCAGAACUUGCGGCGGUCCCUCGCCAAUUCCACUGCGACCGCACCCGGACGGUAUACCUGUUCGUCCGAGAAGCCUCUUCCCGUUACCAUCAGAGGCAUCAACAAUCGCGCAACUCUCCAAGGUGGAUUCAGAGGAGUGAUUCCGCGCUGGAAACCCGACAAUCCACCACAACCCAUUAAUUUUGCUGCAUUCGCAAACGGGUACCCACGCCCCGGUCUCGCUCUACUCGCUGCGAAUGCGCUCAGGGAUGCCGCAAAUGACUGGAACGAACUUGACCUAGGGGUGAAGUUCGAGUGGGUGGAGGAUAUUGAUAAAGCGUCGUUCGUCCUCUCCUAUGCGGGAGACCAGGGGGGUGUGCUCGCGCAGGCAUUCUUCCCGAACGAGGACGAUCUCAGUUAUCUGAAUGUGUACUCGGCUGCAUUCCAGCCGGGUACAAUCCAGUACUUGAAAAAUAUCUUCUUGCAUGAGCUCGGGCAUGUGUUGGGUCUUAGACACGAAUUUGCACCGGAACUUGAGGAUACUAAGGAUGAUUAUAGCGUUCAAUUCGGUCCUCGGAAUCCUUUGUCGGUGAUGGGCUAUGAAUUUCCACCGCAGCUGCAGACUACUGAUAGGGAUAGUGCUCAGGCCUUUUAUAGAUUCCCGGGAAGUGGGCUUGGUUGGAAGGAAGCACAUGUUCCGCCGUCGAAGAGAAAAUUGUUGCCAAUUAAGGAUUGUACAGCCAGAUGAGUAGGUCUGUGAAGGGGCGAAAAGUU